AAAUUACAGAAAACAAUUUAGUGAUAACCUUAAAAACUGCUGCUUUAUCUCGGUUUGUCCAAUCGCUUAUAACGAGCAAGCCGAUCAACAUUAUUAUAUAUUCAUACAAAAACCAUACUUAGUGUGUUUGUCGCCUUUUCAAAAGUCAAAAAGAGGUGAAGGUUGUUCGAUAAAAUAAUACUGGAAUAAUUAAAACGAGAAUUUAUACAAUUCUACUGUGUGUUGCAUAAGUACUGCACGAGGAAUUCUUCGAGGCGGAAUAGAAAGCGGUGAACAACAGACAAAUCGCGAAUCAAUUUUAGGAGAUUGUAUCAAUGACGAACGACAAUUCAAAAGAAAACCACCAACCAGAAGAGUCCGAGCAUGAAGAUUCAAUUCCAGCACCGCCCGAUGGGGGAUACGGAUGGGUGAUCGUUUUCGCUUCGUUCAUUUGUAACAUGUUAGUAGACGGUAUCAUCUACUGUUUCGGAAUUUUUCUAAAAGACUUAUCUAUACAUUACAAAGAAUCGGAAGCUAAAUUAGCAUGGGUGGGUUCACUAUUAGCCGGCGUAACCAUGUUAGUCGGCCCCGGAGUUAGUGUAGUCACUAAUAAAUACGGUUGCCGGAUAUCCUGUAUGUCAGGAGCUAUAAUAGCAUCAGCAUCCUUCGCUUUAUCGACUCUAUGUCCUUCCGUGGAAUUAUUAAUGUUCGUUUACGGUGUAUGCGGUGGUAUAGGAUUCGGUUUAAUGUAUGUACCAGCUGUUGUGUGCGUGGGGUAUUAUUUCGAAUCGAAACGAUCUUUAGCUACCGGAAUAGCCGUUUGUGGUUCCGGUGUUGGUACUAUAGUUUUCGCGCCUUUCGGAAGGUAUCUAUUGGUUACUUUUGGAUGGAAAGGGGCGAAUUUAGUACUUGCAGCGGUAUGUCUCAGUGGUGUUAUCUUUGGAUUCCUCAUGAAACCUAUUGAAUAUAAGAAACCGGAGAAGACGGUGACUAUGGUCUAUCAAAAUGGAACACCUGCUAUAAUGGGCGAUUUGAAGAAAAGCUAUACGAGCCUUACAGAUUUAUCGGCAUCAAGACAUUCACUAGCUAGUAACAAAAGUAAAAAAAGUCAAGUACUUCCUCCAUUAGCGAGACAAGACGUCCUUUAUACAGGUUCAAUAAGGAAUCUAAAAGAAUAUCAAUCUCAAAAAUCUUUACAUGAUUUCAGACAGAGCAUGUUGAACAUACCCACAGACAAAUCAAAAUACAGUGUUAGUUCAUCAAGACUGUGUAGAAUUUUUGGCGAUUUAUUAGAUUUGAGUUUGAUCAAGAAUCCAGUUUUUAUAGUGAUCAUUCUAUUAAAUUUUAUGGGUUUUAUAGCUCUGUACAUUCCAUUCGUUUUUAUAGGGGAAGCAACAGAAAAAGACGAUAUCAGUAAGGAUCAAAGUACGUUACUUAUAUCUCUUAUGGGUAUAACAAACACCGUGGGACGAAUAGUUUGCGGUUUCAUUGCAGAUUUUCCAAAAGUUAAUACUUUAUUAGUUAAUAACGUUUGUAUGAUAGUUAUGUCGAUUGCACUAGGUGGAAUAGCUUUUUGUCAUCAUUACAUUUCGUAUGUUGCUGUUACUUUCAUCUACGGCAGUGCGAUGGCUGGUUACAUCUCAUUGACAUCGAUUCUAUUAGUAGAGUUCCUCGGAUUGGAAAAAUUAACGAGCGCCUUUGGACUUCUAAUUCUCUUCAGAGGUUCCGGAGCUCUAAUCGGACCACCUGUACAUGGAUUAAUCAUGAAAUCGUUUUCAUAUUCGCACGGUUUUUUGGUAGCUAGCGGUUUUUUAACUAUUUCGAGUCUAUUGUCGUGCUCGAUUCCAUUUAUAAGAAAAAUUAAAAGAAACAACACCAAAGAUAGAUCGUUAGAACCAGUGAAUUUAAACGUUGAAGAGGCAGCAUAGAAUAAAUUUAAAAUGUUUUUAGAACUCGGAGAAUGUACAGUAAGAGGAAAUCAACUACUAUGCCUCAUAUUAGUCGAAUAUAUACGAGGUUUGAUCAAAAAAUAGAACAAAAAAAAUUAUUAAUAACAAAGUUGAAAAAAAAAUCACAUGAAAUUUGUAUUAAUCUCAUUCACAAUACUGCCUAGGUAAAAACGAAAUCAUACCCACGUUAUAGUAUUUUUUACGACUGUUGGUGUGAAGACGUUUUCCUUGUCGAACAUUUUUUAUUCUCGGGAGGAGAAUAUAGUAGAGGAAAAUACUAAUAUCAUAUUUAUAAUUAGACAAUUGAUUUUUAUAAAAAUAUUAAAUUUUUUGAGUGACGUUGAAAAUCACAUAAAUACAUGUAUUGUUUACACAGUAAGACCAAGAAUUUAUGUACGACAUUUCCAAUCUCUCAAACGAGUGUUCGACGCGAAUAAAAAAUUAUUAAUAAGUUGAUUUAAUAGCUAAAAUUCGACGAAAUAAACGUUUCUUCGUAUUUCUACGUUACGAGAAAAAUACGAGAAACACAAUAACGACAAAAGAGGUAAUAACAUUUUUGGGGGAAAGCCCUAUGUGAGUGCCGUGUGGAGACGUCUGUUGAUAUUGAUCUUAAGCUUCAGUAGAUGGAAGUGUUCGAGAAAGACAUGCCUUAGAAGCUUAUUCCAUAGGCUUGCUCUUCUCCAAAGAAAUGUCCCCCGAUAAAAUAGAGUGAGAUCAAUGGCCUUUCUCCUAUGCUCUAAACUGUUCAAGAUUCUGAUCAACUCUGGAUCGCCUAUAAGUCGAAUGUCUCUAUUCUGUAUUGAGUCGAGCAUCUUCAGACCUUUGAGCCGAGCUCCAAAUGUGCGAGCAAUACUUAAAGAUGGAGAAAUAUGAGCCUUGUAGAGGAUUAGAAAUUGUAUUGCUCUAACCUCAAAACGGAACAAGCGGUUUUCCGAAUUGUUUAGAGAGAACCAAAAUCUGAGCCGCAGUGUCAGGCUUUUUUGUAAAAACAGUAUCCUAGGACUUUGUUGCAUUGAACUUGCACGGUUCAGAGGACCGGAAUCCUAAAUAUGGAUCAAAAGUAAUUUUUUGUGUUUUUUUUUUAACAAAAUUAUAUAAUGUUACAUUAUUUAAUUGAUUUGUGAUAAUAUUUUGUUUCAAUAUGAAUUUACAUCAUAAUUAUGUUACAAUAAUUAAAACGUCAAUAUUUUUUGCAUACACCCAUGUAAAUACAAAAAAAUCUUAGGAAAUAAAUAAAAAGAAAGAAAAUAAUUAUAAGAAACUAUAAAAGAACUUUUAGCAUACAUUUUCAUAACAUGAAUUUCACAAUGCUGUUACAUGUUCCAAACACAAAUAUUUUGCACAUAAUUGGUAGUAAUAUUUAGUUUUCCUAUUUUUCCGCCAAUCACAUACAGUACAGCGACCUUGAACUCCGGGAAUUCGGGUUGGUACUUCUUGUUCUGCUGGUUCUUGGUAGAUUACUAGACACAGCCCGUACUUUUCGGUAGUAAUUUACUAGUAACAUUGAUAGUUGCAGUAAAAAUUCUCUAUGUUGUGUCUUAGAUUCAUCAUCUAAAGAUGUGUAAACUACAAAAGAGUUUAUCCCUGCUACAUUCAACAAACUAAAACAAGGCACAAUAGGCCAUCAUCUUGUAGCACCACAUCUACUCCGCUUUUCGUCUGAUUAUAAUCUAUAAUCAUCUCAGGUUUAAUGUCAUAUCCAUGAUGCAUUGUAGAGAUAAGUAAGACAUUCCGAUUUUUUUUUUGGAAUAUGAGAAACUAAAGUAAUUCCUUCAUAAAAACCAAACAUCGAAGAACCAAUGCAUCUACCAUUGUUUUGUACAAAUUCUAUUGGCAACUGUUUUUUAUUUUUUCGAAUAGUACUCAGUAAAGUAAAUUUUUUUGAUUUAAGACUAUCAGCUAGUGGAAUACUACCAAAACAAUUAUCUACAGUAAUAUUUCUAUUGGUACCAUAAAUGUGUUCACAAAGUCUUUCUACUACUGCUUGCGAAUCUGUACUCACUUGAAAAGGGCCAUUGAGCUGCUUUCCAACGUAAACUUCCAAGUAGCUAGUAUAAAACUGCUUCGCAUCAGAAAUAGCAAAAAUUUUAAUGCCAUAUUUAUUUGGUUUACUAGGAAUAUAUUGCCUAAAACUACAUUUUCUUCGAAAAGCCUCAAGUUUUUCAUCUAUGGUGACGAAAGCAGAAUGAGACUAACAUUGUUUGAUAUUGUUUUUGAAUCUAUCUAUAAUCGUUUUUUCUUCUCUGGUAUGAAUAUUAUCAAAUCGAAUACAGCGCAAGAGAAACAGAAAUCUUGCCCUAUUCAUUACAAGCCUGAAAGUUUCAACACAAGUGCCAUCUGCUCUUCUGAAUUCAUGUGAUUUGCUUUUCUUACACAAGCAAGAAAAAGAAGGCCAAUUAGGGCUUUAAUUUCAGCAAGGUUUGUAGGUUUCACAUCUCUUUCUCUGCUAUAUUUAUUUCCAACAUUCUCAAUUUUUAUAUUUGUACAUUCCACAACUAUAUCUAGCAUUUCGAAUUGUUUGACGGUUGGCAAUCGUACAUAUUUAUUCGUGGUACGUGUUCUUACAUUUUUCGGUGAUUUUUCCACUUUGUCAUUUUAUCUCUACCUAUAAAGUACGGGUUUCUCCUGAAACUAUCAUCAUUUCCCUCUGUUUGUUCAUCUUCAAACUCUUGUUCAGUAUCACUAGAUUCAGAUAUUUCUUCUAUAUGAUCAAUUUCAUUUUGUUCAUCCUCAUCAUCUUCGUUGUCAUACGUCUCUUCUUCAGUCGAAACUUUCUCAAAUAAUCUCAAUAAUCUUUCUUGUUCCUUCUCGUAGUCCAUAUCUAUAUAAUAUAUAUAAAUAAGGAAGAAAAAGUUGAACUUCAUCACUUACCGAUUAAAAUUUACCAGAUCUUAUAGAAAAGAACAAAAAUGUGUACGCAACAGUCGCGCCCGGUGUACUAGAACCUGUUCCCUAAUAACGAAGUUACAAUAUUGUAUUUUACUCAGCACACGUACUUCACCGGUGGUGGAUUCUCUACUAUAGAUCGAGUAGAUCAUUGAUGUACAGGAUAGAAAGAGUAGGUGUUAAAAUCCAUCCCUAGGAAACACCAGCGAUAACCUCAAACCUUUCUAAGGUGUGACCGUCGAUAGCGAGCUGGAUGGAUCGGUCAUUGAGAAAGCUAUUAAGCCAGUCGAUAGGUGAAAUAGAGAUAAUAGAGAAAAGAGUUUGCAUAGAGAACCUGUUAGUUCAACUGCGCAUAUAUUUAAACCGAUAGGUGGUAUUCUAUCAGCGCCAAUGGCUUUAUUUAUGUCCAAGCUUUGCGAGCUUUUGUCACAUCUCUUUUUCGAAAUUCCCUUUCUGACAUCGAUUGAACAACUUCAAGUAGGCUGAGUGGUAUUUUCCUCCGCGAAUCGAGACUUGAAUUUGAAGCUAUCAUGCGAAUAAACGUGAAAAAAGAAUUCAAGUUUAAAAAAAUUAAUUUAAGAUCCACGAUGUACAGAAACUUAUUGGUUCCUUUAUGAAGGUAGCAUUAUGAUUUUGAAAACAAAAAAAAAUUAUUACCUAACAAUUAUUUCUCCGUCCAACGUCAUCGAACUAGAGAACUGUAUGGAGAACUUUCCAAAUGUGUACCCAAAUAUCAUAGCCAAAGUCAGGUUGAAUUAUAGACAAGACCGCACGUUUUGACAAACUUACGGUACAAAAGAGAACAGAUUUAAUUGGUAAAAAAAUCGCCUUAUGUCUCAUGUUUACGAUUAAGAAGUACUUCGACACAUUUUUCAGGUCUUUAUCUUCAAAGUUAAAGUGCCAGUAGCCCCCUGUAAAAUUCAGAAUUUUCGUUCCAUUUGAAUCUCAAUUUAUCCUCACAAUUAAAAAAACUGAUGACUUGGUGAACGACUUUGAAUGGCAUAUUUAUUUAGAUCGAUUUGAGUCACUAAGAUUGUCUUAAUUUAACUUAAAGUAACCGGAACAUUACAAACUUAUCACUAUUUACCUCAACACUAGUUACUAUAAAUACUGCCAUGAGAAUCUAUUUUUUGACCACACCUUGUAUAAAAGUAACAGUACAAAAUAUGUUUUUGUCACUCUACUUAGAAUUAUCGAAAAAAUUUUUUGAAUUUUAAUAUUAAUUUUGAUGAAAUUUAAAUUCUGUUUGUUUCAAAAAUAUAUUAUGUAGUGACAAGAAGCGAAUCUGCGCGUUAUAUAAUUACGCCGAUCUCUCCUACAACUUCGGGUAGUUUUGGUUCAAAUCAUUCAGUAAUCGCUUAAGGGGGUAUUCUGGUAUAGAAAACAUUUUUACUCACAAUUUUGUUAUGAUAUUUAUUGACUUUUUAAAAAUAUACAAAAAAUAUAAAAAUAUCAGAAUUUCAAUAAAUUACAGGCCAGUAAGGUGGGGGCUCCAAAAAAAGAGUGCACUGUGGUUGACAUGAUUCCAGCCCUUGUAGUAAUAUUAAACAAAAAUAAACGGGGCCACUGGUUCACAUAAUUCCAGCCCUUGUAGUGAUAUCAAACAAAAAUAAACGGGGCCAUUGGUUGACAUGAUUCCAGCCCUUGUAGUGAUAUCAAACAAAAAUAAACAGGGACAUUGGUUGACAUGAUUCCAGCCCUUGUAGUAAUAUUAAACAAAAAUAAACGGGGCCAUUGGUUGACAUGAUUCCAGCCCUUGUAGUGAUAUCAAACAAAAAUAAACAGGGACAUUGGUUGACAUGAUUCCAGCCCUUGUAGUGAUAUCAAACAAAAAUAAACAGGGACAUUGGUUGACAUGAUUCCAGCCCUUGUAGUGAUAUCAAACAAAAAUAAACAGGGACAUUGGUUGACAUGAUUCCAGCCCUUGUAGUGAUAUCAAACAAAAAUAAACAGGGACAUUGGUUGACAUGAUUCCAGCCCUUGUAGUGAUAUCAAACAAAAAUAAACAGGGACAUUGGUUGACAUGAUUCCAGCCCUUGUAGUAAUAUUAAACAAAAAUAAACGGGGCCACUGGUUCACAUAAUUCCAGCCCUUGUAGUGAUAUCAAACAAAAAUAAACAGGGACAUUGGUUGACAUGAUUCCAGCCCUUGUAGUGAUAUCAAACAAAAAUAAACAGGGACAUUGGUUGACAUGAUUCCAGCCCUUGUAGUAAUAUUAAACAAAAAUAAACGGGGCCACUGGUUCACAUAAUUCCAGCCCUUGUAGUGAUAUCAAACAAAAAUAAACGGGGCCAUUGGUUGACAUGAUUCCAGCCCUUGUAGUGAUAUCAAACAAAAAUAAACGGGGCCAUUGGUUGACAUGAUUCCAGCCCUUGUAGUAAUAUUAAACAAAAAUAAACGGGGCCACUGGUUCACAUAAUUCCAGCCCUUGUAGUGAUAUCAAACAAAAAUAAACAGGGACAUUGGUUGACAUGAUUCCAGCCCUUGUAGUGAUAUCAAACAAAAAUAAACAGGGACAUUGGUUGACAUGAUUCCAGCCCUUGUAGUGAUAUCAAACAAAAAUAUACAGGGACAUUGGUUGACAUGAUUCCAGCCCUUGUAGUGAUAUCAAACAAAAAUAAACAGGGACAUUGGUUGACAUGAUUCCAGCCCUUGUAGUGAUAUCAAACAAAAAUAAACAGGGACAUUGGUUGACAUGAUUCCAGCCCUUGUAGUGAUAUCAAACAAAAAUAAACAGGGACAUUGGUUGACAUGAUUCCAGUCCUUGUAGUGAUAUCAAACAAAAAUAAACAGGGACAUUGGUUGACAUGAUUCCAGCCCUUGUAGUGAUAUCAAACAAAAAUAAACAGGGACAUUGGUUGACAUGAUUCCAGCCCUUGUAGUGAUAUCAAACAAAAAUAAACAGGGACAUUGGUUGACAUGAUUCCAGCCCUUGUAGUGAUAUCAAACAAAAAUAAACAGGGACAUUGGUUGACAUGAUUCCAGCCCUUGUAGUAAUAUUAAACAAAAAUAAACGGGGCCACUGGUUCACAUAAUUCCAGCCCUUGUAGUGAUAUCAAACAAA